AUGAAUAUGAAGAUGGCGGUCUUCUCCCGCACCUUGCUCUCCCUGAGCGCUAUUUUUGUUGAGAUAGCGUCCGCUUCCAGAUGUUCGCCAAGCUUGAUCGAGAAGCCAAAAUUGUCUGGUACUUCAAUCCUCGAUGUUCAAGCCCAGGAAGCCCUCAACUUUUCUGCCGUUAGCCUUGGACCAGGGACUAACGAAGGCGGCCGAUAUACAAUCAGCUUCUGCAAUGUUACCGUUACCCACACACAUCCUGGCUGGAAUGACACAAUUACUACUCAAGUAUGGCUCCCACUUGAGGGAUGGAAUGGAAGGUUUCAAGGCUUAGGUGGCGGAGGCUACGCUACAGGCUUUGGCGAAACUUACCUAACAUACGCUGUGUCGCGAGGAUUCGCAUCUGCCUCUACGAAUGGAGGCCUACCUGUGGCGAAUGGGAAAGAUACUAUACCUACAGACCUGUCAUGGGCUCUGAACAGCGAAAACAAUGUGAACUGGUUCUUCCUAGAGGAUUACGCAUCGAAGGCAACGAACGACAUGGCUGUGAUUGGACAGCAGAUCACCAAAUCCUACUACAAAAAACCCGCAAACUAUUCAUAUUUUGCCGGAUGCUCUGGUGGUGGAAGGCAGGGCCUCUUGAUGGCACAGAAGUACCCGGACGUUUUUGAUGGCAUUUUAGCCGUCGCUCCGGCCCUUGAUAUACAACGUUUCAUCCCUGCAGGCUUCUGGGCCUCACAAGUCAUGAACCAACUUGGAGUUUAUCCAUCGCCCUGUGAGGUCAAUGCUUUCACGGAAGCAGCCGUGAAGGCUUGCGAUCGACUAGAUGGGGUUGAAGACGGCAUCAUUAGCUCCCCAGAUCACUGUCACGUCAAGGCUGCCGACUUUGUUGGGAUGAGCUACACUUGCGACAGCAUUCGGAAAACCUUCAGUGCUUCCAGCGCGGAAGUUAUCCAAGCGGCUUGGUCCGGUUCUCGCUCUAUCUCAAAGCACGAUGGCUGGUACGGGGUCAACAAGGAUGCAGCGCUCGGCACUGCCUAUGUGCCUACCGCAUGCUCUGCGAAAAACGCAUGUUACUCUUUUGGAAGCGACUUGUUUGGCAACUGGCUCAAGUAUCUUGUUGCUAAGGACUCGACCUUUUCAACCAGCAAUAUGACUCAGGAGGAGUUCUUCAAAGGCCUACGCUCUUCAAACGUUGAUUAUUCAGGGAUGCUAGGAACGAAUGACCCUGAUCUCUCCAACUUCAAGGCAAAAGGUGGCAAAAUGAUCACUUGGCAGGGAAUGGCAGACGAAGCUAUUCCACCGCUUGGGACUAUUGCCUACUAUGAGGAAGUGCUGAAGAACGACCCAAAAGCUCAGGACUUCUAUCGCUUCUUCGAAGCACCUGGUGUUGGUCACUGUUACGGUGGACCCGGGCCUAUUCCGAACGGAGCAAUGUCCCAACUGGUUGAAUGGGUCGAGAACGGACAUGCCCCUGUUGUUCUGCAUGCCACCAAAGGUAGCAACAAUACAGCCAGAGACCUUUGCCCAUAUCCUCUUCGGCAAAAGUACGUUGGAGGAGAUUCUAGAAAUGCGACCUCUUUCACCUGCACCAAAUAA